AUGCCGGAGAGGAUGAAGAUGGACUGCUACAAAGACGUGAAAGGCACCGCCUUCAGCUACGAGGUCACGCUGCCCGGGAGGGAGCGCGUGCGGUCCACGCAGUCCUCGGGCACGCACGUCCUCCGCGUCGACGUGGCCACUGUCUGCGGCCUGACCACCCAGUACCCUGAGCUGAACGCGCUCCAGGAGGAGCUGAAACCCUCUGGCCUGGUGGUGCUGGGCUUUCCCUGCAACCAGUUUGCAAAGCAGGAGCCGGGGGACAACAGCGAGAUCCUACCUGGGCUCAAGCACGUCCGUCCAGGGGGAGGAUUCUUACCUAAUUUCCAGCUUUUUGAGAAGGACGUGAAUGGUGAAAAAGAACAGAAAAUCUUCACCUUCCUGAAGAAGUGGUAUUUCUUCUUCCUGACUCUGCUUCGGCACUCUUGUCCUCACUCCCCUGAGCUUUUGGGCUCAUUCAAACAUAUCUCCUGGGAUCCCAUCAGAGUCCAUGACAUCCGAUGGAACUUUGAGAAGUUCCUGGUGGGGCCAGAUGUAAUCCCUGUCGUGCACUGGUUCCACAAGGCUCCAGUCAGCACGGUGAGGUCUGACAUCCUCAAGUACCUGAAGCAGUCCCAAAGCAAACAGGGAGGCUGAAGUGGGGCAGAAGCCAUCUGCUUCUCACCUGAAGACCUGCUCUGGGAAAAUCUGUCUUCUCAACACACGUCCACCUAAACGUCUCUACUCGUUGAAGUAACUACACUCCACUCUGCCAAAGAUUCCACUCUGCCUAGCA